GUUGCUGUCUGUAACGAUGGCGGCCGUCUUGAGAGGAAGCGUAGUAACAUUGGCCAAGAGCCUGAGUGGUCCCAGGUGGCAACAGCUAGUUUCAAGACCCCUAAGUUUGUCUGCUAGUCUCUGUGCCCCAGAAGCCCCCCCAGCACGUGCAGAUACUACUUUCAAGGUCACAAUGGUGCCAGGGGAUGGAGUAGGACCUGAGCUGAUGACUGCCGUUAAGGAUGUGUUUAAGGCAGGGGAUGUUCCCGUGGAAUUUGAGGAAUUCCACUUGAGCGAGGUGCAGAACAUGGCCAGUGAGGAAAAGCUGGACCAGGUGCUCACCUCUAUGAAGAACAACAAAGUGGCCAUGAAAGGCAAGAUUCAUACCCCCAUGGAGUUCAAAGGAGAACUUGCCUCAUAUGAGAUGAGAUUGAGACGUAAACUGGAUUUGUUCGCCAAUGUGGUUCAUGUGAACAGCCUGCCAGGCUAUAGUACUCGCCACAACAACCUGGACCUGGUCAUCAUCCGUGAGCAGACUGAGGGAGAAUACAGCUCUCUGGAACAUGAGAGUGUGACAGGUGUAAUUGAGUGUCUGAAGAUCAUCACAAGAGAGAAGUCACGCCGCAUUGCCAAGUUUGCCUUUGACUAUGCCACCAAGAAGGGACGAAAUAAGGUCACAGCUGUACACAAGGCCAAUAUCAUGAAACUGGGUGAUGGCCUUUUCCUCCAAAGUUGUGCCGAGGUGGCAGAACUGUAUCCUAAAAUCAAAUAUGAGAACAUCAUCAUUGAUAACUGUUGCAUGCAGCUGGUGCAGAAUCCCUACCAGUUUGAUGUGCUGGUGAUGCCCAACCUUUAUGGUAACAUCAUUGACAACCUGGCUGCUGGACUGGUGGGAGGGGCAGGAGUCGUUCCUGGGGAGAGCUACAGUGCCGAGUAUGCCGUCUUUGAGACUGGUGCACGUCACCCCUUCGCCCAGGCUGUAGGAAGGAACAUCGCCAACCCUACAGCUAUGCUGCUCAGUGCAGCUAAUAUGCUAAGGCACCUCAACCUGGAAUACCACUCUCACAUGGUGUCAGAUGCUGUCAAGAAGGUCAUCAAACAGGGCAAGGUGCGAACACGAGACCUCGGCGGCUACUGUACUACUGGGGACUUGGUGCAUGCUGUUGUGGAUAACCUACAUCAUCGACCUGUUUACUAAGAUGUCUCCACCCCAGACCCACACACACAUUACUCCUGCUUUAACCUGGACAGCCUUCUUAACAUGUACUGGAUGCAUGUUAAAGCCCUGUAUAACCAUCAUCUUAUUUUGCCAACAAACUGUGCCCCUCUAUUACCCACCAGCAAUGGGUUCUCUAGUGGGUCCAGUGAAAUUAACUCAUAGGAUUACCUCUUGAAGAGAAUUAAGUUACAUUAUCUGGAAAACCUAAGAUAACUCGAGGCACAGGAUCAUUUGUCACCCUUCACACAGUGCAUUCCUCUGUCAACCCUUUCCUCAUUCACCUUUUCAUUCAUAUUUUCCAUCAGUCUGAGUGGUUUGACUUCAUUAUCAUGUUCUUCUCUGACUUUCUCACAGGCCAUGGCGUUGUACUGAGAUCAAAUUCUUUUCCAACAGUUGUGCUCUCCUGAUAAUUCAAUUACCUAUUCAAUUACUCUAACGCUUUUCAUCAGUCGUUUUACCAGGUGCUACAAUAUCAUUGUUUCCAGCCUUAUUUAUCAUACAGACUACGUCUGUAUUGUUUACCAUCAUAGAUUAUCAUAAACUUACUACCAAGUAGCCUGUAUUACUCCUGAAUUUAUUAACCUCUUAAACUGCUUCUCCUUUGCCUUGAAUUUUCUACAUUCCACAGCUGUCUUGACCUUUUUUCUCCUUAAGUCAAGUAGCCCAGUCAAGCACGUUUUAACCAUUUGUAGAUCUCAACUUGUAGAAUGUCACUUAGACUCUGUACACAACUUUACCCCAUGAUUAGUUGCAAACAACUUCCGGAUAAGCUCUGGUUUAGAUUUUUAACAAAUUGUUUACAGUUUUGAAUGGGAAUCUUUUUUAGUCAAGCCAUUAAAUACAAUGUGUGUUAACAUGUGUGAUCAGAGGAAAUCCACCCCUAGAGGAGUUAUUGUUUGCAAGUCUUUGGAUUAUAUUUUGAAAAUUAUGUUGGAGUGACACUCAGUCGAACUUUAACAGUGGAUGAGAGUCCCAUCUUUCUGGAAGUUUGUACACCUGAAUACAUUACAUUUCUGAGUAGGUCUAAACCAGGAAAUACUCUGUAUAUUAUGUCUAAUUGAUUUCAGUGUCCAUAAAGGAAAUUCCCAGUUGUCAGUAAGGAUUUUAAAGUCCAAUGUUUUUUUUUUCUAGUUUUGUGAAACUUAUUUACGCACGCAACAGUCUUUAUUUAACGCGAUUGGCAAAACGUAAUAUUCUGUUUUCAUGUGGGUUUUCAACAAAGGUUUCAAUUCUUUCUAUUCAAAUGGACUGGGGCAAAGUUAUCAGUUUGACACCCUAUUUAUUUAUUACAUGCGCCAUGGGAUGCUGGAGAUGAAAAAUGUAUUUCUGGUUUAAGUUUUUACUGCCCAUUGCCACAGAGCUACCAGUAAUUCUGACCUGAUGAUUUUUGUAUCACUCUUUUAUACCUGUUCAGCAGUUUCUGCAUAUUGUAUUCUUGACAAACUUAACAUGAUCGACUGUUAUCUGCCUCAACCUAAAAAAAUAUUCAUAUAUAUAGUAGUCAAAAUGUCAGUUUGACCUAAAAAAAGAAAAUUGAAAGCUCAUAACCAACAAGCUGAACUGUCGUAUUCGGGUCUUUCACCAUCAUAAAUUUAAUUUCUAAAAAAAAUGCAUAGAUACAGGUCAAAGUAGAUUUUUCUUUAUUUGGAUGACAUGAUAAUUGGACUGGCACACAUUCCGUUUCAGAGAUGUCAUCUGCAUAUUUAUAGAGGUCACAGAUUGAGUAUGGUGUUGGCUUGCAAAUGACUUCUCUGCCGGUUGGUCAGUUCUGGACCUUUUUAAAACCUUGGAAGAUGUAGUCAACUGCUAAUGAAUAAA